UCAAAAAAAAAAUUAACACCUAAAAACACAAUUCUUUCAAACACCCAAAUCAGUGAGUGAGCAUUAUUCAUUAAUCUAAAUUGGGUUGUUUGAUUUUACACUGAAUUAAAUUGGGUAAUCUUCAGUUUUUCAAAUCGGUGUCAGCAAUUAAAGAAAAAAAUGGAAGCAGAGGUGGUGAAAUCAGAGCUAGUUUUACCAUCUUACUACAGUUUCAAGAAGGUACAAAUGUAUGACAAGUACCCUAAAGGCCAACCUAAAGGUCGUUGGAAGCACCUCAAGCAGAUUCUUCAGGCUGAGAAUUUUCAAAAUUACCCUCCUGAUGAACCCAAUUAUAUUAAUAUUGAGUCCCCUCCUUCAAUGCAUCCCUGCAAGAGAAUCUGUGAUAUAACUGGAUUUGAGGCACCUUACUCUGACCCGAGAACUAGGCUCCGUUAUGCUAAUACUGAUGUCUUCAAGCUUGUUAGAUCACUUCCAAAUGAGUAUGUACAGAGGUAUCUUGCACUGAGAAAUGCAGCAGUUGUUCUGAAGUGAAGCGAAGCAUUCGGGAGCAAGAAAAGAUUUUCUACGUAUGUUUAUUAUUAUUAUAUUUAGCAUACAAGUGAAGAAAUAUGAGACUAGGUUUUGUAGAAAAUGAACUUGUUGAACUUGUUGCGUGUUCCUCUUGAUGAUUUCGAUUGGGUUCUUGGCUGUUGAUUUUAUAGGAAAUCUACAGUCCUUGUAUUGUAUGUAAGUGGACAUGUUUAUAAUGAAUUAUCGAUCUUAAAGAUUAGGGUAAUUAGAUCACUGAACUUUUAUUUA